AUCGCAUUGUCACGAUACCGGGGGCAUACACACAUACUCCCAUGGACUCAGAAUCUACAGAGCAGAGGCGGAUAGAGCUUCAGGGUCCGGAGGACCUCGCCUACCUCCUUUCCAACGUGAGGCGCGCGGCGCAAGAUCACCUCAACGAUGCGUUCCCACCCAUGGAAGGCAACGCCGGUGAUGAGGACGAGCUGAGGAUACAGAUAGAGAAGCAUAUCAAUGAGUAUAUCACGAAGACCUUCACUCACGCCGCGCCGAAUCUCUCCCUGAACGGGCUCCCCGCUGAGCCAAGAGUCUUUCUCGCUCCCGACGCCGACGCACAAAAACAAUUAGAGCCGCAAGUCGAAUACGAACCCUGGGAUGCGCGUCUGCGCCAAAAAGUCGAGGAUCUGGCACGCCAGGAAGAGGAACUGCUGAAUGAAAUUGCGGCGCUGAAGAAAACCGUACCGUCAGAAGUGGCGGGAGAGCAGACAAGACGAUUAAAAGAGGCGCGAACGCGGGAUGAAGAAGAAUUGGCGGAGCGGAAACGUCAGGCCGAUCUGGAAAGCGCAGGGCUCGAUGUCGGAGUGCUCGAGAGACAGGAUGGAGUUGAAAGCGCGCAUCGAAGCGCCAUUGAAGGCCUGGGAAAGGUGAAAAGAGAGAUGCCGAGUACCGUGGCAAAGAUGGAAAGGGCGAGAGUGGCAGGCGAGUAUGUUGUUACGGGGAGAUGACCAUGGCCACCUGCCUCCGAGCCAGUUCGGGCUGCAUAGUUUGGGUUGGCUUCGGCUGCUGAGUUGAGCUGUUUUUAAGACACGAUUAAUGAACUUAUGGAUGAGAUUGGAUGAAGUAGCAUAUACAUGAUCCAAUAACCAUCACCCCGUCCUCGAAAUCG